AUGGCUGAUUCUCAAGUUGCGAACAUAGUCAACGAAAUUUUGAGAGUAGAGGCGGUAGAAGAAGCUUUUAGUUGCUUUCUCGUUUACAAGCCGGAACAAGAAAAUGAGAGGUUAGCAAUGUAUCAAAAAAAACUGUGUGCUGUCAUGACCACACUGAGUGCUGAUGUGCAGGAAUCUGCCAUUCGUCAGUAUCUUACGCUUACUGCUAUUCUGACAAACCGAUAUAAAAUGAAGCAGUUGUUAACACUAAUGGAAAACUUAGUAAAUACAAAUAUCCUACAGGCACGAAUGCUGUGUGACUGUAUCCUGAGCAGUGAAAAGUUGGUUUAUCAAAAUGCUGAUUAUUGGAUAGAAUGUUUUAAUCUGAUCAGAAGGAUCAUAGGUGGAGUGGACUACAAAGGUGUAAGAGAAAUAAUGAAGGGAUGCAGAGAAAAGGCUCAUACAUUACCGAUAAAACUAAAUUCGAGCACCAUGCCACAGUUGAAAGCUUUAUAUAAUGUUAUAGAGUACAUAUUUGAUCGAAAUGCUUCACUGUUGCCUGCAUAUUUUAUAGUAACAGAAAUUCAGAAAGACUAUCCCGACAACAAUCAUUGGCCACAUUGGCAACUGGCAAAACUAUUAACAAGUUUCGUCGAGAGUUUUAAACCUUGUGCCCAAAUGGUCUCCAUAAUGGGACAUUCGCAUAUGCUUCCUGUAGUUGAAUUUUCCGGCUAUGCCGAUCAUCUAGUGAACCCUUGGCGGCUGGAUCCUACUACUUUGAAAUUUUCGCUAAAAGGCAACCUACCUUACGACGAGGAACUUCUUAAGCCACAAAUAGCAUUAUUGAGACAUGUUCUCCAACAGCCUUAUUCUAGAGAUAUGAUGUGUUCGAUGCUGGGCUUACAAAAGCAACAUAAACAGCGCUGCAUAGCACUUGAAGAUCAACUAGUUGAACUGAUGAUUUUGCCAAUGGAGAAAAGUGAGCAAGAGAAUGAGGAUGAUGAAAUGUCCUCUACACACUGGUGCUGGUUACACCUUUCGUCACAAGUUAUUUAUUUAAUUCUCAUUGGGUUUGCUUCUUUCCCAAACAUUGUUAUGGGACUCCACAACAAAUUAGUAGGUCACGACAUGAAGAAAGGUAGAGACCAUCUCAUGUGGGUUCUUCUACAAUUUAUUUCUGGAAGCAUACAGAGAAAUCCACUAUCGAAUUUCUUGCCUAUAAUUAAAUUGCAUGAAUUAUUGUAUCCCGAGAAGGAACCAUUGCCUGUUCCGGACUGUACACGAGCGCACUGUACUCAUCAAAUGGCUGUAGUAUGCAUUUGGAUGCACUUACUUAAGAAAGCAGAGACUGAACAUAAGACUAUGUCAAUGCCACAGAACCUAAAAGUGCAAUAUGAAUUUCUGCAACACCUCAUGACUUCAAACAACACACCGACCCUGAUGGGCUCCGACUAUCGUAUAGCGCUUCUGUGUAACGCAUACUCAACAAAUCAGGAAUAUUACGCGAGGCCGAUGGGUAUCAUAAUAGAAACACUGUUUGGUAGUCAGAAAUCCCUGCCUAAUGGCAACCCCGCUACGCCUCUUCCCACUGUGCCACUGUCUAUGUGCAUUCUGGACAGUUUGACUUUGCAUUGCAAGAUGUCAUUGAUACAUUCUAUAGUUACCCAUGUAGCAAAGUUGGCCCAGAACAAGACAAAUAUACCUGGCAGUAGUAUGAUGGCACCUGCACUUGUGGAGACUUAUAGCCGAUUGCUAGUUUAUACCGAGAUCGAGUCCUUAGGCAUUAAAGGAUUCAUUAACCAGUUGCUGCCGACCGUGUUCAAAUCUCACGCGUGGGGUAUCCUGCACAAUCUGCUGGAUAUGUUUUCGUACCGUAUUCACCACAUCCAACCCCACUACAGGGUGACACUGCUGUCCCAUAUACAUUCGCUCGCCGCCUAUCCGCAGGCCAAUCAAACGCAGCUGCAGUUAUGUUUCGAAAGCACGGCGUUACGCUUGAUUACAAGUUUGGGCAGUUCAGGUGUGCAGCUGCAGAUGUCUCGAGUAGUGUCUGAACCUAAGUCUUUGGUGUCAGCUGAUAGCGAAGAGCUCAAUAGAGUGCUGGUGUUGACACUAGCGAGAGGCAUUCAUAUGACUGGUGCUGGUAGCGAUAGUGCCGCAGUGAAGGAGCUCCUGACCACCAUAAUGACAAACACUCCUCACAUGUGGUCGCAACACACAUUGCAGUGCUUCCCGCCUGUGCUUGUGGAGUUCUUUGCACAGAAUCCAGCGCCGAAAGAAAACAAGCAGCUGCUAAAGAAGUUCGUCGAUGAGGAAUACCGCAAGUGGUCCUCAAUGGCGAACGACAACGAUAUAGUGUCGCACUUCUCCGUCCCUGGUACUCCACUGUUUCUUUGUCUGCUGUGGAAGAUGAUCUUUGAGACCAAUAGGAUAAAUCCCAUUGCUUUCAAAAUACUUGAGCGCAUCGGGGCCCGUGCUCUAUCGGCGCACUUGCGCAAGUUCUGCGACUAUCUGAUGUACGAGGUGACAAACCCGGCAGGCGGGCAGUACAUCAAUAAGUGUGUGGAGGCGAUCAACGAUAUCGUAUGGAAGUACAACAUUGUUACUAUCGACCGUUUGGUGCUAUGCCUGGUGUUGCGACCAAACAUUGACGGCAACGAAAGCCAAGUGUGUCUGUACAUCAUUCAGCUGUUGUUGCUGAAGGGUUCUGAGCUGAGGAACAGGGCACAGGACUUUGUUAAGGAGAAUUCGCCGGAGCACUGGAAGCAAAAUAAUUGGUACGACAAACACUUGGCAUUCCACAGAAAAUAUCCUGAGAAAUUUGCACCGGAGGAAGCGAGUGGUGCUUAUGGUGGCACCAUACCGGUGUACCUUAGUAACGUGUGCCUCCGAUUCAUACCAGUUUUAGACGUUGUGGUCCAUCGACAUCUGGAGAUACCACAAGUCAGCAAAAAUUUGGAGCAACUCCUCGAGCAUCUUGGGUACCUGUACAAAUUCCAUGACCGCCCGGUCACGUUCCUAUACAACACACUGCAUUACUACGAGGCGAAACUUCGCGACAAGCCACUUCUGAAGCGUAAACUUGUGAACGCGGUGCUCGGUUCGCUAAAGGAAGUGAGGCCCGCUGGCUGGGCCACUACGGAGACCUUCCAGACCUACCUGGCCAAGACAGACGUAGAAGCUACUGGCUGGGCUCCGGACUUGAACUACUAUCUGAGUCUCGUCAACAGAAUGGUAGACACUAUGACAGGACACCCCCAUUUCCCGAACACAGACUGGCGAUUCAACGAAUACCCGAAUCCUUCGGCCCACUCAUUAUAUGUGACAUGCGUGGAACUCAUGUCCCUGCCACUAGCUCCAAACUCCGUGGGUAACAGCUUGCUUGACGUGAUCACAAAAGGCUUCGUCGUGAUACCGCCAAUGAAAAUCCAACUCUGGAUCAACGCAAUAGGACUCAUAAUGGCUGCGUUGCCUGAUCCAUACUGGACUGUAUUACACGACCGUAUCUUCGAGCUGACAGUGAGCAAUGAAAUGAUGGAAUGGCCGUUCGCUCAUACGCCCUUCCAGCUGUUCAAUCUGACGACAACAAACGAUGCGAUGCUAGAAAAUAAGUACAGCUUGACGUUGGCAUUAGUACACGCUAUUUGGUAUCAUGCAGGCGCUGGACAGAUCAUGCAAGUUCCUCAGUUCGUAAAAGAGAAGCUGGCCCCGGAGAUCAGAACUGAAACUCAGCUACUGUUCCUGUGCCACUUGGUGGGUCCAUUCCUGCAACGUUUUUCGGACCUCUCUCGUGCUGUCAUGGACCUCACGCUCACACUGUACGAGCUACUCGCACACAUAGAUAAGGCCCAGCAGCAUUUACAGUAUAUCGAUCCGAUAUGCGAUUUGCUUUAUCACAUAAAAUACAUGUUUGUGGGAGACACAAUGAAGAAUGAAGUGGAGAGCGUGAUAAGGAAGCUGCGCCCCGCUCUGCAGAUGCGUUUGCGUUUCAUCACGCAUCUCAACGUCGAACAAAUCAACACCGCCUAG